UCUAGUGUAUUUUCUCGGGGUUCUUUUCUUUUCCCUUGAUAAAUGCAAAAGUUGUGGACAACCAAUCACUCCUGUUUCUUUUUCUUCCCACUGUACAACCUAUUCCUUUUCAAAAAGUGGUACUCAAAGUGAUUAGACUUGAAGACUUAUAUACACUUUAAAAAAUUGUUAUCAAUUGCUUUGCUUUAGUAACUUUCAUGGAUCCAGCGCAAAGAACAAAAACUUGGGGGCUCGCAUGACAGAAGCUCUAUCGGGGCAAGAAACAAUACCCAGAUUGGUCUUCACAGAAUAAUUUUCCAAACUGAAUGGCAUUAAGCAACAAUGUCAUCGGUGCAGUCAACUUUGUUGCCAUGCUGCUCUCAAUUCCAAUCAUUGGUGCUGGAAUCUGGCUUGCAAAUCAACCAGACAAUUCUUGCGUGAAGAUAUUACAAUGGCCUGUUAUAGUAUUGGGAGUCUUAAUCUUGGUUGUAGCUCUAGCAGGCUUUAUAGGAGGGUUUUGGCGCAUCCCCUGGCUCCUUAUUGCUUACCUUGUGGGCAUGCUCAUCCUCAUCAUAUUGCUUGCAUGCUUGGUUGUUUUCAUCUAUGUGGUUACCAUUAGAGGUUCAGGCCACCUUGCACCUAGUCGGGCAUACUUGGAAUAUCAUCUGGAAGAUUUCUCAGGCUGGCUUCAACGAAGAGUCAGAAGUUCUUACAAGUGGGAAAGGAUAAAAGCCUGUCUCAGCUCAACAGAGAUGUGUGCCCAACUGAACCAGAGUUAUACAAUGGCUAUCGAUUUCUUUAAUUCUCAUCUAACUCCUAUAGAGUCUGGAUGCUGUAAACCACCUACCGAAUGUGGAUAUACGUUUGUAAAUCCAACAUACUGGAUCAGCCCCAUUAACAACAUAGCAGACCCGGAUUGCAUACAGUGGAACAAUGACCAAACGGAACUCUGCUACAAUUGUAAUUCGUGCAAAGCAGGAUUACUUGCAAAUCUGAAGCAAGAAUGGAGAAAAGCCGAUAUAAUACUGCUUGUAACUCUUAUUGCUUUGAUAAGUGUAUAUUUGAUAGGGUGUUGUGCCUUUAGGAAUGCCAAAACCGAGGACAUAUUUAGAAGAUACAAACAAGGUUAUACGUGAGAAGUAAUUAAUAGUAAGUUGGUCGCGGUGCAAUUGGGGCUGGUUUGUAUGCAGUUUUGAUUUUGUGACUUUGUAUAAGCAGAUAUUUUCCUUAUUUAAAUUUAGUUGAAAA